UUCCGGCUCCUGCUACCCGCGCUGCCGUCGCCGCAGCAGCGGUGCCCGCCGCUGUCGUUUCCUCCGCCGCCGCGGACUUUCUCCUGCAGCAGCGUCUUUGAGGAGGGGGCCGGUGAAGCGACGCCUUCGCCGGUCGGUGCCUCCUCGGGCUCCAGCGGCAGACGGGAGGCGAUCGAAGCCAUGUUGGGCAGCGGGGCCAGGGCGGCCAAGCCCUCGUUCGUCUCCUACAUCAGCCCCGAGGAAAUACUCAUAAAGGAACCCAUAGAAAAGGAAGUAAGUCUUCGCCUAUUACCAGGUGAACUGCUGCUUUGUGAGGCAAACACAGUAUACAAGUAUAUGCCAGAAGAUGGGUCAAAUCGUGGCACCUAUGGGAAACUUGUAUGCACAAACUUCAAGAUUGCUUUCCUGGAUGAUGAUUCUACUUCAGAUGAUAAUGAGCCACAGUUUAAGAAUAAGAUUGUAGGAGAAAAUGACAUAACCCUGCAGUGUGUAGACCAAAUCUAUGGAGUUUUUGAUGAGAAAAAGAAACUUCUAACCGGUCAACUGAGAAAAUACCCAGAGAUACUAAUAAUCUACUGUAAAGACCUUAGAGUAUGUCAUUUCUGCUUGAGAUAUACAAAAGAAGAGGAAGUAAAGAGAAUCGUCAGUGGUAUAGUUCAUCAUAGCCAGACUCCUAAGCUGCUUAAACGCUUGUUUCUGUUCUCUUAUGCAUCAGCUGCCCCAAACAACACAGAUGGAAGAAACCAAACUGUGAUGUUUGAUACUCUUGAGGACUGGCGUGGUGAGUUGGAGCGAACCAAAGGGAAUAUGAAAUACAAAGUAGUGACUAUCAAUGAAGACUACAGAGUCUCUGAAAAGUUGCCUUUGUAUUUUGUUGUUCCUAUAUGUGUUUCUGAAGAGAGUAUCUUGAAGUAUGAAGGCAGAGGCAUUCCUAUUUGGUGCUGGUCUUGCCAUAAUGGUGCUGCUCUUCUCAAAAUGUCUGCAUUUCCCAAAGAACAGGAUGACAGCACUUCACAAAUGCAAAAAGCCUUCUUGGAUGGAAUCUAUAAGACAAUUAGCAAACCUCCCUAUGAACUGCUGAAGACAGAUGACUUGUCAAGUAGCCUUCCAUCUCUGCAAGAGAUCCAGACUGCAUACACAAAAUUUAAACAGCUGUUUUGGAUAGAUAACAGUGCAGACUUCUGGGCAACUGAUGUGAAAUGGUUUUCAUUACUGGAGAGCACAAACUGGCUAGAGAUAAUCAGGCGAGUCUUGAAAAAAGCAAUUGAAGUUGUUGAAUGUCUGGAAAGACAGAAUACAAAUGUUCUCCUUAUAGAAGAGAGUGCUACUGAUAUGUGUUGUGUAAUCUCAAGUCUGGUUCAAGUGAUGAUGGAUUCGUACAAUAGAACAAAGUCAGGGUUUCAGAGCCUUAUUCAGAAGGAAUGGGUAGUUGGAGGACACAGCUUUCUGGAUCGUUGUAACCACCUACAUAGAAGUGACAAAGAAGAGGCUCCUGUCUUUCUGCUCCUGUUAAAUUGUGUUUGGCAGUUGGUACAACAGUAUCCUCCAGCAUUUGAGUUCACAGAAACUUACUUAACUGUCUUGUCAGACAGCCUCUAUGUGCCGAUUUUUAGCACUUUCUUCUUCAACUCACAGCAUCAAAAAGACAAUAGCACGAGUGAUGAAAGCUUCAGGACACAAAGCGGUCCUUUCAGAUUCCUUACUGUGUGGGACUGGUCUGUGCAGUUUGGCCCAAAGGCUCAGGCUUUUCUGAACAACCCUCUUUAUGCAGAGAAGCCAAAACCAGAUAAAAGUCAACGGAAAACUGCACGAUUCAAACAUCAACGGCAACUUUCUCUGCCAUUGACACAAACAAAAUCUUCCACAAAGAGAGGGUUUUUCAGAGAGGAAACGGAUCAUUUAAUUAAAAACAUUCUGGGUAAAAGAAUUGGCAAGCUCAUAAAUUCUUCAGAUGAACCUCCUAACAGCUUCAGGGAAUUUUAUGAUAGCUGGCAUAGUAAACCUGUUGACUAUCAUGGUCUUCUGUUGCCUCGCAUUGAAGGCCCUGAAAUCAAAGUCUGGGCACAACGGUAUUUACGAUGGAUUCCUGAAGCCCAGCUUCAUGGUGGUGGUACAAUAGCUACAGCUGCCAAGAUUUUGGACUUGAUGGAGGAAGUGCAAAGCUUGCAGGCAAAACUGGAUGAAGAACAUAGUCAAGCUGUUUCUGGAGAUGUACAUUCUGUUCCACUGCUGAGAAAUUCCUCCCGUUUGUCAUCUUUGUUUCCAUUUGCUUUACUUCAGAGACAGUCUCUCAAACCAGCUUUACCCACUAGUACCUGGAAAGACUUGGAAGAUGAAGAAGACUUGGUCAAGAGGGAUGAUGAAUUUGUUGAUCUAAGUGGUGUUAUGACAAAAGAUAAAUUAUGAAUUUAUCUUAUAUAAAUUGACUAUAUAGAUUCAUAUAUAAAUUGAAAUAUGAAUUGUAUGUGGCUAAGCUCUUUGAAUGUUGUGCUGUAUCCUCAUAUAAGGAACUCACUCAAGCAUCUGCAGCCUGUUUUAUGGGUUUGUGGGGUUAAAUAGAAAACCUGCUUGGAAAGAACUAGUUGCUGUGAUUAACUGACUGUAUUUUGAACUUCCAUUUCACUCAGUAUUUAUUGCAGAAACACAUUCUAGCAUAGGAGUAACAAAAAAGAGAAGUUUAGGCUGGAGUAGCCAUAUGACUACUUUGCUUGUUUUUCUUUUUUAUAUGACAAAGCACCAUUACUUUCUAAUAUAAAGGUGGGAUACUAAAUACACACAGCAACAGUCAUCCUAACAAAAUCUUUUCCCCUUAUACUAAGAGGACUGUUAUUGAAGUACUGUGACUAAGAACUUAAUACAUCUGCAUUCUGCCCCUCCCCAUGUAAAAUAAACAGGGAAAGGUGCAUUCACAACUAAGCUUUUUACAGCUGAGGAAUAAACUUGGUCACUAGGGGUUUUCUGUCUGCUGUGGCAUCAACUGUAGUCAUGUGUUUGUCUACUUCAUCCUUAUCUGAUCAUGUUCAUCUUUGGCUUGCAGCACCUCACCUUAUGUGCUAUUAUCAUAGCAGCUUGGCUGCUCUAAGUUUAUGCAUGCACUUAGCUUAAAGAUCAGAUGCAAGAGCUUAACUACAUAUUUCAAGUGUUAAUGUCUGGCUGCUGUGCUAUAUGCCUUUGCUGCCUUGGAAUAUUAAGUCCCAAAUGUUUGCUGUUAGUUGUAUGAAAUGUGUGAAAUUCCAAUUUGCCAUGAGUUUUGGGUUUUUUCCUCCUUAAGAGACAGAUUUCCAUUUUGAUUUUUCCCCAUUUAUGCCAGUUGCCUUUGAGGCUUUCUGUAGCUUGCACUGAGAACCUUCCAUGUGGAAGGGAAGACUCUGUAUAAUCCUGCAGUGGAGCUGGAUUUUAAGUCUGUUGCCACUUGUCAUGAGUUGGCAGUACAGCUAUGACUGUGGUGUUCGUACCAUAUGAAUACUCGAAUCCUGUUGCUGGAUGUUGUAACAGUACCUCAGUGAAAAAAGCCAUAAAGAAAUUCCUGUUGACUUUAAUCUACUGUGCGUAUGCUUAUAUAUAGUAUUUUUACUGAAAAUAAUUUUCCUUUGUGAAGCUGAAUAUUACUUGACUGUCAAAUCUAUUUUGAACUCUUAAAUUCUAGAAUGCAACAAGAGUGGAUUGAAGUCAUGCAGUCAGUUACACUGAGAGGAUAAAUAUUUGAAUUUUCUCUAUUCAUAAAUAGAAAUCUGUGCUGGAAAACUUAGCUGGUAGAGAAAAUAUUGCUUACAUUAAAUCAGCUCAGUGUAAUUGGGGAUAUUAAAACUAGGUUACUAAUUAAUUACUUCACACUGAGUUGUAUUAAUAUGUAUAGCAAAAUUUUAUCAGCAGCCCUCUUAAAAUAAAUUUUAGUAUGUUAAAUGUGUUAAGGGGGAAAGAGGGAGAGCUUAAUUUCAGAACUCUUGCCUUAAGUCUUUAAUAGUGCAAGGACAAUACUUGAGUUUGUAGUGUUAUAUUUAAAAAUACAGUAGUACUUACGCUUUCUUCUGUGAUGCAUUUGAUUUUACAGCUUGCUAGAUCUUAGCAUCUUGAUCUUAGCACUUGCUAUAAUGGGCUGUCAGGCACAUGUCCUUCACAUUUUUAUUAUGGUAGUUCAAGUGACUCCGGUAUGCAAUAAUACUUCAUGUUGAAUGAGCAAUGCAUUUUUAUGGCAAAGAAAUACUUAUAAUAAUGUCAUUUGGGAUCAAGGAUCUUUUUUUUUUUUUUUACCACUGCCAUAAUAAAAGAUAAAUAAAAUGGAUUUUUCUAUACUUCUGAUCAAACUGUUGUAAUGUUUCAGUCAUGAAGAUUGCAUAUUUAUAUUAAAGAAGAGAUGUUGGACAUCUUAUUUGUACAUAAGUUAUUGGAAGUUUAUACAGAAGAAAAACAUAUAUGUGGAACUGAACAUGGAAACACUUCUAUUGUAGAGUAAAUACCAUUGUUACCAGUUUUCUGCACUGUGCAAUUGGAAAUGUACUUAAUAUUUUUACUCUGGGCUUCUGUUUAUACCUCCAAGUUUUUACACUGAAUGCAAGCUAGAAGCUUUCCAGUUUUGGCUGUUGUUUGUUUUGGUUUUUUUAAUACUGUUUUUUCUCUCUAAUGGGCUGUUUGGAGAGUGUGAAUAAAAUAUACUUUGACAUAUA